AGAGAGAGAGAGAGAGCAUUCCUCCACAGCUCCAGGGUGAUGAAUAGGGUAACCCUGCCCCUCUGUGCAGCUCCUCUCACUCCUGCAGCUCCUCAGUCCAUCGCUGCUGCCUCCUCCACCAGCUCCUCCACCAGCUCCUCCAGCGGCUGAGCGCUCCUCGGACAUGGACGCGUCCCCACUUUGACUCCUUCUCCUGCAGCGAAGUGCAAAGCUCCGGCGGGCCGCGGACGCAUGGGGAUCUAACCUCGGGCUCGUCAGUCGGUCAGCUCCGCGGAAGGCUCGUGGUUUGGCCCCUUGUUGUUCUCUGGUCUCCACUCAUGCGUCGGGAAUGCCAUGGCCACUCCGAGCGCACAGCAGCAGCAGGAUUACUUCCGAUCCGUGAGCAGCGAGUCCACCACCUACAUGAUGGUGCCGGCCGCCGGGCCGAGGGGGCCGGGGCGCAAGGAGGCGCCGUCCAAGAUGUGGGUGGCGAUGGUGGUGAUUGUGGUGGUGGUGCUGCAGAUAGCCUCCACCACCGGGCUCUUUGUCUACCUGAACAUGUCCAUAUCGGAGGUGCGUAGCCAGGGCGUCACGGAGGAGCUGAAGUGCCUGAGUUUGCUCAACGCUCUGGACAAGGACCAGGACAUCCCGGACCAGCUGGCCCAGCUCUUCGGAGAGCCCUGCAUCAAACUGGCCGAGGGCAUCAAAGCGUAUAUCUCCAAGGUGACGGAGAACAUCAUCUCCAAACAAACCUUCAUAGAGGCGAGAACGAUGCCUCGCACCUUCAACAACUCGGGGACAAAGUUCAUGACCUCGGUGGCCCAGAGGCCGUCGGCCCACUUGACCCUCAGGGACACCAGCUCUCAAGCGGGGUUCCCUCCGUACCCGAUCCCCACGCCGGGUCUCCACCAGUCCUGUCGCCACGUCGUCCGCUCGUGGGCAAAUCAGAGCUUCGGCGCUCACCUGCACAACAUGACCCUGACCAAUGGGAAGCUGCGAGUGCCUCAGGAUGGGCGGUACUACCUGUACUCACAGGUGUAUUUCCGUUACCCGUCCCCAGCAGCCGGGGACGGAGACCAGCGCAGCGUCAGCCACCAGCUGGUGCAGUGCGUCUACAAGAAGACCUCGUACCCGAGCCCCAUUCAGCUGCUGAAGGGGGUUGGAACCAAGUGCUGGGCUCCGGACGCCGAGUACGCCCUGCACUCCGUCUACCAGGGAGGGCUGUUCGAGCUGAGGGCCGGCGACGAGCUCUUCGUCUCCGUCUCUUCCCCCACGAUGGUCAACGCCGACGAUUCCUCCAGCUACUUUGGCGCCUUCCGGCUGGACCUCUGAGAGGAAGGGAGAGAACGAACAGAAGAGACGACGGAUGGAUAAACAUGUGGGCUUGAGACAAUGUGCUAGAGGCCUUUUGAAUGAUCCGCUGAUUGGAAAUAAAAGACACAAGUUGUGGGAUGCGUGGGCCUGGAUCUUGGAUCUACGAUGUUUGCAUCAACAGAUUCGAUGAAGGAUGGAAAGAUUGACGAAGAGGAGGGGGAAAUAUAAAUAGUUGAUUUGUCUUCGUAACUCUCCGUGAAGAGAGACCCAACCGCCGAGAGCGAGAAACACACAGAUACAGCUGCAAUCACGUGAAAAUAAAUAAGGACAUUGAUUUAUUGUGGAUUUUCGAGGAGGGCGGUUUCCAAUUUCUGCAUUUGUUGAGAAUCGCCCGAAACAAUUCGCCCCCCCCCCCGCUGCUGCUGCCUGUAUCGCAAAUUAACACACAAACCCCCGACGCAUCUCGCUCAUCAACCGCCCUUUUCCGUGGGAAGCAAUCGAACCCUGAGAUUUGGAUUGCAGACCGAAGAAUGUACUCACACUAAAGAACUCGAUCCCCCGCAUCAAAGACGGGAGGAAAGACUGUAGCAGGAGAAAAAUCAAAUGAUCAAACCAAAGCAAAAUAAAAUGUGGAAUAUAUCUUUUUAAAGCGUGCCAUGAGAGGACUGUACAUACGUGAAUGAACUGUGGUGAUUUUUUAAAAAAAAACUAAUUCUCAUGUACCUUGACGGGACUUAAGAAAAAAAAAAACACUCUGGGGUUUUCGGAGGAUUAUCAACGCGCAACACUAGAACUGUGGAUUUUUUAAAAAGGAUGAGAGGAUGUCACGCUGCCUCUUUGAACUGCGAGGGGAGUUUCUGCAAGGAAAGCAGAAAAGAAAACAAGGAGGAGGACGAGGGGGAAACGAGAAUGAGGCCGGCAGAGGAAGAUGAGAGAGAGAGAGAGAGCGAGAGAGAGAGAGAGAGAGAGAGAGGUAUGCAGCCCGACCAGUCUGUGUUGUUGCAGUCCUCUCUCGCUCGUGCACUUCGCCUCGUGCACUUUCUCCUCUUUUGUUCCACAGAGAGAAUUUUUCUAAUCUAUGUCGUCUUUCCUGUCGAACCUGUGAAGCUGCACUUUGUGUCAUUUUGAGGAUCAGUGACGCAACGGAAACAGAAAAAAAACAACAAAGGUGUGAACAAGGUGACAUUUACACGCAAAUGUGUUCGUCGCACAAACACCGACAGCGGAGGGUUUAUCUUUAGACGUGUAGGUCACGGUUGUUUCAACGGUAUUUUUGAAGACUAGUGCGGAUAUUUUGCAAAACAAAAAAACUUUCCCUCUGCGUUUUGCGUCCACACGCAAAUGACAUCUUAAGACACUAAAACAACAAACACUCUCCACAGGUAUUCAACGGAUGAUUGAUGUAGACUUCAGCGCCACCUACUGGCCCAGCAGGAUGUUUGAGCGUCGUUUUUACAUUCCUACGUGCACAGAGGUGACCACAGUAUCAAGCCUUAACGUUUCAACCACAAGUGCCUUUCAGAAUGUGCUUUAACAUCAAACUAACCAUGGUGUGACCGCUGUAAACUUUAUAAGUUAGUUAAACCCGUGGUCAGGUCGUAUCUCCAGAAAACCCAAACAGCUGCUGACCCAGGACCUGCAGGUGUCUGCCCGUCACCUGGAAGCACUACGAGGCCCCAACACACCCAUGUGCUGCCAACAUGGAACAUUAAGUCCCUCGGUUCGUCAGGCGAACGCAGGGGAGAGCAGAUUUAGUACGAAGAUGCACAUGGAGAAGGGUUUGAAAGGAGAAGUUUAUCUGCGGACAUAAACCACACCGCCGCCGGCACACGCCUACUUUUUUUUUUUUAUCCUCCUCUGGCAGGCACACGUGAGCGCACAUGUAUGCACGCACACAGCAGAUAACACGCAUCGUAUCACACCACGUCCAUCGUCAUACAUCAGCCAGUGUCAUGUGUGGGGAGACAAAUAAAGUAGUAGUUGAUGGUGAUCGGUAGGAGGCGUGCAGGGAGUGUGUGUGUGUGUGUGUGUGUGUGUGUGUGAGAGUGUGUGCACUUUCAGUACAUGUUUGUUCAAAGGGCUCGGUUCACACGGACAAAACCAGGUCAAACUAAUCCACACACACACACCUUUCAUUGUUUGUGUACGAAACCUUCAAUUUGGGGUUAAUUCGUUUUUAAUCAGGUGACAUCCCGGCUAAGCCGAUCCUCCACUCUCACCUGCGUGCGCUCACGUUACACCGUUUGUUGUGGAAGUUGUGAAAACACACACACACACACACACCGUUUGUUUUUUAUGCUCAACGAACAAAAUUGAAGGCAAAUUUUUCAUUUUUGUAUUUGAUUGCUGUUUUAGCUGCUUUCUGUUAGCUCAAGUCGCUGGGUGGCGUCCACCUGCUCGUGUUUCUGCCGGGGCCUCCUCUCAGCCCGGCGACGCUGCGCCACUCGCUCCGAGCUCCACCGCGAACCCGGGGUCUUAAUCUCUGUAUUUUCCAGAUCAACACUCGGACGGGCCUUUUUUCCUUUUCCUUUGCACUCCAACCCAAACAAACGGUUUGUUGAAACAGGUCCAGCGAUGAGGGCGAAGCAGCGUAAACCCCUGGACCAGCGGGAAAACUCUGCAAUGAAUGUGUAUGAGCAGUGUUUGAACUGGACAGGUGUGUAGCUGUGAAUAUGUGUAGCACAUUGUUGCAAAGAAAAUAAACAAAUAUCUGAACUUUU